ACUAUAGACUAUUGUUCAUCCAUACUUUACAGUUCAUGUGGAGUUUUGACUGAUAUCUAUCCUUGUGUUUUAAUCUUUGUUGUUCAGGCAACUCUUUAAUGUAGGUCUGUAUUUGUUUUAAAGAGGCACAUGCAGCAAUAAGUUACUGCUCAUAACUAUGCAUUGCAGUUCUCCUAUAUUAUGUAUUUCUGUCUUAAUUGUGAAGUGUCCUUUUUGAAGUUUGAACAAUGACAAGAGUGUUUGCAGCAUUUUCUCCCGUGAACUGCGCUUUGCACGUGCAAUGGUAUUUGCCAUCGAGGAGAUUAACAACAGCACAGAGCUGCUUCCUGGCAUCAAGCUUGGGUAUCAGAUCUAUGACUCAUGUGCCUCAGUACCUGUGGCUGUGCAUGUGGCAUUCCAACUUUCAAGCAGCCUGGACACAGUGUUUUACCCCCGUGACAAUUGCUCACACUCUGGUAUGGUGAUGGGUGUCGUUGGUGAGUCUGGGUCCACACCAUCCAUCAGCAUGUCACGCAUCAUUGGGUCCUUUAACAUUCCUCAAGUGAGCCACUUUGCCACUUGUGCAUGUCUGUCAGAUAAGCAGCAGUACCCUACUUUCUUCAGUACAAUCCCUAGUGAUCAGUUUCAGGCUGACGCUCUGGCCAAGUUGGUAAAACACUUUGGCUGGACUUGGAUAGGUGCUGUCAGGUCAGAUUCAGACUAUGGCAAUAAUGGCAUGGCAUCUUUCCUGGACGCAGUACACAAAGAGGGAAUCUGUGUGGAAUACUCAGAAUCUUUCUACUGGACCCACCCACGCAGCAGGAUCCAGAGAGUGGCUGAUGUUAUCCGCAGGUUUCUAUAUCACUGA